GGGCUAAAGAUGGAAAAAGGCGUUUAUUCCAUCUCAAAUUCAUCCACAAGAAGGGAAUAAAAUCUUUUAAAAAUCAGUUGUAUUUUUCUUUUCAAGAAAGAAUUUUGUUCUCAUCAGAACAAGAUGCUACAUAUGUAGUAGUGGAGAAAGAGGGGAAGCUUUGAGAAACGAAAGAGAAGAUGGGAACAGGGUGGUCUCAAGGAGAUGACACACAGAGAGAGAUCACCAUAACUGAAGAGAAUUCCAAACCAGAGAGAGGAUCAGAAGCCAAAGGAGAAGAGGGUCAUCAUCCACAUGAUUUGACCGAGUCUCAUUCACCACCAAUUCCUGAUCAGCUCUUUGCUGGUGUUUUCUUGAACAAUAGGACCAUGAAACACUGGGUUGAAAAGGAAUCGAAGAAGAAGUGCUUCAUGUUAUAUGCACGAGGCCUCUCUAUCGCCUGGGCUGAGAACAACACUUACUGGCGAUGGUUUGCCGAGAAAGAUGCACCCAGCGACGAAGCCCCGGUGGAACUGGCCGAGCUGCUCAAUGUGUGCUGGCUGGAUGCGAACGGCAGGUUCGACCUGUCGAAGCUGUCCCCGGAGACAACCUAUGAAGUGGUCUUCUUGAUCUUAGUACGAUCGUCGGGUUACGGGUGGGAAGUUCCGGUGAACUUCCGGGUGAAGCUCCCGGGCGGGAGGAAGCAAGAGCACAAGGAGAAUCUGAGGGGGAAGCCGAGGGAGAACUGGAUAGAGAUCAAAGCAGGAGAAGUGAGCACAUCAGAGUGUAAGGAGGGAGAGAUGGAGGUGUCCAUGUUUGAGAUUGAGGGUCGGCACUGGAAGAGUGGGCUUGUCCUCAAGGGUGUUCUCAUUAGGCCCAAGAAUUAAUUAAUUAGUUAACUAAUUAAGUAAUUAAUCAAUAAUUGCGAUAAGUAAAAUACUACACUCUCCAACUAUA